AUGGAGACGGAGCAAAAGUUAGAUACACUCCAAUCUCAGUUUCCAGAAGUUAGUAAGGAUGUGCUGCUGGAACUUCUAGUCACUUUUGAUGGCUCUGUCGAGCAGACCAAGUCCAUGCUCGAGGAGCAAUUUGGGCCCCGGGAGAUCAAGACAGACAUCAAGACAGAGAUCAAAGGGAAGCUCUCUGGUAUAAAACGCAAGACACAGAGCGAAGCCGCUGCCAACACAUCUUGUUCCUUGACAAAAAAGAGAGCGUUCUGUCAAAGACAGAUAUCAUUCAAGGUGUCGAAAGCUAGCGCAAACAUUUCCACCACCCUAUACAAUAAAGAGCAGAUUGAAUCCGUGGUUCCGUAUCUGAAAUUCUAUCCUAAUUUCCUACCCGAGAGUCUUGCAGACAGUCUUUUGGAUGAACUCCUGUCGAAAAGAGCCAGCUUUAAAGAUAAGAUGUUCCACAUUGCCGGUAACGAAUGCCACUCAAACCACCAAUCGACAGUGUUCUACGACGGCGGCAUGACCGAACAGCUCUACGACAACGGAUUCUACCAGAACUCAAAAUAUAUGGCUCAGUCGUUCACCGGAACCUUGCGAACAGCCAAAUUCCUGAUCGAAGACCAGGCGAACGAAGUGCUUGCAACCACCAAGAGACACCCGCUCCAGGUACAGUCCGAAUGGCGCGCAUCAUUGUGUGUGGGGAACUACUUCCAUACAAACAAAAACCACCUAGACUGGCACUCAGACCGUCUCACCACCAUUGGACCAUUGCCGUUGAUCUGUUCGCUAACUUUGGGAGCGACCCGAAUAUUUAGAGUCAGAAAACAGUACGGUGACAGUCCGGUCUACAACAUCCCGCUUCCACAUAACUCCCUAUUGCUAAUGCUUCCAGGCACACAGGAAGAGUUCAAACACUGUGUACCGUCAUUGGGGAACUCCCUUGUGGCCAGGCAUCCUAGAGCUGGCGAGACGCGUAUCAACCUCACUCUGCGCAUGAGUCGACCUCACCUGCUGAACAACACGCCGUGCUGCCCGGUUUGCAAGUCGUCCAUGACGUUGCGCCGCAUGUACAAGAAACCCGCAUCCAGGGGAUACUAUUUCUGGCUUUGCGACGGAGGCUACCAUUCGGGCAAAGAAUGUCCGGGUUUCUAUUUCGCCAACCUGUCUCUCAUCGAGAAGCCGCACGCAAAGCUAUAUACCCGCGAUGUAAAAUAUGCAACCCGCUGGCUGGCAGAGGACGACCAUGAGGCCAGAACCGCUACAGAGUUUCACAUGGAAGAUGUUAAAGACUAGGCAGUGCAAAUUUAGGGCGGUGCACCAGCAGAAUUUCAGCGUUGCUAACUAAAUUUAAGCCCGGAAGAAAGACGUAGCAAUGAAAGCUGUGAGCACAUGGCUGUUCCAAGCCACAGAUGAGCGUCCAGUGACUCCCGAGCUGGAUCUGCAAAAUGUGCACAAACUUGCAAUUCCCUCCUCGCCGUCCCCGGCCCAAAGCGAAGCAACUAGCCACAUAUAUACCGGGACUCUGGCAGAAGGCCUGGAGCUACUGGCAGAGGCGUUGCAAAAGGACUCGGACCAUCUGAGUGACGCCUUUGCCAGGAUUCUGGACUCCAUGGUCGAUUCAGGGUUAGUGACGUCCACUCUGUACAAGAUUGACGACGAGCUGAAAUUCCUAAUUCUGGAGACGUUUCUAUCCGACAGCAACCUGGUCGAGCGGUUCAAAGCGCACCGCCAGCAGAACAGGGAGCAGGACGCUUUGCUGGCGAUCGAGC